AUGGACCGACUCGGCGUACUGGAUCUCAAAGAUGAGAAAACAAACCCAAAGCGGCGCACCCAGAGUGGAUUUAGCCAAAGACGCCGACCACGUCAGAAGACUACAUUCUGCUGUUUCACUAUUGUGGAGGAAGAGAGCGGCGGAGAUCACCGCCCAGCAAGGCCAGUUCAAAAGCCCAUGCAGACUCGUCCAUCGCAGGCUUCUGCACCUUCUUCGCAAAACUUGCCGCAAACAGUACAGCGUCCUGUUUCCACCGCUGGGCGUCCACAAAGUGGGCGUUUGCCUUCGUCAGGACAGCAGGUGCCCGCCGCUGCGAAGCCCCAGUCUUUGUCAUCGUGGGUUCCCUCGACUCUCUCUCCACAGACAUCCGCUACGGUUCUCGCCGAACUGGCCAAGCCCAUAUCUGAUGCCGAUGAAGAGGGCUAUAUUUAUAUGUUCUGGGUCACACCCCCAACCACAUCGACGCGCGGCGACACGGACGCCUCGGUGCCGAGGGAUAUCGCCUCAUCUCUGGUUCCUGAACCAUCAACAAACGGCAACCUUCGACCACCAACCCAACCUCGCAGCGUCAGCGAUGCCCUUGACACCGCCCGAGACAUCAAUGCUUUGACGUCGAAUCCAACGGCUUCCACACCCGGCACGCUUCGCCUGAAAAUCGGACGCACAAGUAACGUGUCUCGCCGAAUGAAUGAAUGGAGACGCCAAUGCUCCUAUGAUCUUACCUUGAUCCGGUACUACCCUUACACGCCAUCCUCAUCAACGUCGUCUUCCCCGGCUAGGGUGUCACCAUCUAAGAAGGCGGCUCACAGCAAUGAUGCCAUAUUUGUACCGGGCAGGAAAGUUCCGCAUGUGCAUCGUGUAGAGCACCUGAUUCAUCUUGAGCUGGGAGAGAUUCGGAUGCGUGAUCUUGGUCGGUGUGCGGAGUGUGGUAAGGAACAUCGAGAGUGGUUUGAGAUUGCAGCCACGAAAGAAUCACUCAGAAUGGUUGAUGAAUGUAUCCGGCGAUGGAUCUCAUGGGGUGAAUCCGUGUAA